GCAGCCCUGUGGAGUUCUCACAGCCGCCAGUGUGUGUUUCCGCUCACCUAAAAUAAAGAGCUGGCGAGUAGAAGAGGACAAGGAGUGACGGAGCAGGGAGACGGGACCUCGACGGCUAAAAACCUCCAUUCUACCUUUAUUUUUCAUACUUAGUGAGCGGGAGUCGUCUUUAAAACUGCUUUUAAUGUCUCGAAUGUGAACUGGGGGAGAGGAGGGCUAACCGCUGUUAACCUUUACGUUGGUUAAGCCGUAGAGGACUCUCGCUGGUUGUCGGAGGAAAAGAUGAGCGAUGGAAUGGUAGCGUUUCCGACGAGAGCCCCGUCCUCCUCUUCUGGUGCCGCAUCCUCCUCUGUAGCCCACAGACUGGCUGCCUCUGCACUUCUCCUCCUCUUCCUCCUGCUCCCUCAUGGUCACGCAUCAGGUUGUGCGCCUCCACACGGAGUGCAGCAUGGAAGCCUGCUGAACCAGACCGAGUCCAACCAGGCCUCCUAUCCUCCUGGCUCCCAGCUUACAUACGGCUGUGAUCCAGGAUACACACCAGAUGGACAGGCUACCAUCUUUUGCACCAGCCAGGGAGCUUGGUCCAGUCCACCUCCAAACUGCAUCAAAAACUAUGUGUGUUCACCACCCCCUGAACCAGAGAACGGAGGCUACCGCUGUCACCCGACUCCCUGCCACCACCUCGUCCAUAACACCGUCAUCGAGUACUUUUGUGACGAGGGAUACACGAUGAAGGGAGACUACAAAUACCUCACCUGCCUGGAUGGCGAGUGGGACAGUCACAUGCAGAUCAGCUGCAGACUCACACAAGACAAGGAGCCCAGCUUGCCUUUGGGGAUGCCAGCUCUGUCCAUCGUCUUGACCACAGCUAGCUCUGUGUUACUCAUCCUGCUCUUAGUCGUGCUGUUUGUUCUAGUACAGCCGAAACUCAAGUCCUUCCAUCACAGCAGGAGGGAGCAGGGCGUCUCAGGUCAGAGCAGCUCCAUUAUGGUGGAGGGCGUCCAGGUGUCGCUGCCCUCCUAUGAAGAGGCUGUUUAUGGAAGCAGUGGCCCCUCUGGUGCUCCUCCUUCUCCACCUCCACCUGUAGCUCCAUCAGAGUCCCGGGUCCCCAUAGUACUCUCCGAGGGGCUUCCUCAGGGAGCCACAGGGGGCCAAAACUCCAGCAGGAGCUGCCAGCACAGAGAAUUAGACUUCUGUUUGCCAUCAACAUCAUCAUCCUCCUACUCCUCCCACCGUCACGCAGAGACAGUGUUGGUUCAUCAGGCCCCCUCGUCCUCCUCUUCAUCUUCAUGGGCCAGAGAGCCCCUUGUUGGUGCUUGUGCAGGCCCCCAACCUCGUAGAGACUCAGAGAGCAGCGACCAGCACAGCCUGCUUUCUGUGGCAUCUGUAGAUGAGUUUGCUGACGAUAUCCCUCUGUUGAAGGAAGCAUGAAGCCUGUGGCCCGCUAUCAGCAGCAGCAGCAGCUCUUUUGCCUAUCUGUCGCUACUGUCUGGAACUGACUGUGGCUAUCUAUUUACUUCCCGAAACUCUCCUCCGUUCUCCCAGCAGCCAGCAGAGAAAAGGGCUGGAACAGUGCUCAAUUUCCUAGCAAUCCUCCUACUGCUAUUAGCAUUUCCAAGCAAAGCCAACAACCAGUACGAUUACAGCAAGAAGAGCAAUGAUGGACCCACAUUCUGGAUGAAACCAAGAAAGGCCAGAUGCAUUAAGUGGAAACAUAUUGACGUAAAUUCUGUAGAUCCUGUGAAUAAAAGUAAUUACUGAGUCAGGAUUGUUUAUCAUACAUAUUACCAUGGACUUGCCUCUGGCCCAGUGUAGUUAUCUGUAUUCCCACUACGAAUAAGAGUUUUUUUUUUUUUUGUUUCCCAAAAAAAGCUCAUCAGCUCUGUUCAGGAUUUCUGUUGAUGUUUUAAAAAAAAAAAAAGGAAAAAGUUUAAGCGGUGAAUUUUGGCUCUUAAAGCUUUGGCGCUCAGACCGUCUUCCCGCUGUACUUCAGAAGUCGUGAGUCAUGCCUGACUUCCUUGUGGCCCUCUGCAAAUGCUGCAUGUUGUUUUUCAGUUUAAUGCUGUCACGGCACACUGAACGAAGCAUGAAUCCUCCUCUCUCUUUCUCUUGCCGUGAGUUCAUCAUCGCCGUCUGGCAAACGGAUUAUCAGGAGUGACAACCAUGUCACAAAAGCUAAAAGCGGCGCGCUGCAUUUCGUCGAGCACCAUAUCACAGCUACAAAAAGAUCUGCUUCUCUAUUUGUUCCCGUCCCGCUGCUGCCGUAUCUAGACGCAUGAGGGGGAUCGAUUGGUGCCUCGGCUGCGCAUCUUACAGUUUUUGUACAAGGGGGGUGAAGUGAGAGAGGCCUGUUGUUGAACAAAGAAAUUGAAGGGUUAUCUAAACUUUAACGUUCUUAUCAGUUAAUUUUCUCCUCUCUGUAUUUAUUGUUUGUGUGUGACUGUUUGCUUUGAGUUGCUGAAUCUGAGCGCGUGUAUUUCUUUUUUUUUGUUUUGUUUUGUUUUGUUUUAUGUAACCAGACAGGAGAGAACAGUCCUGAUAUGGUAGGCCUUGAUACACCCCUUUCCUGGUUUGUAUGUGGGCCGAUCGAGACCGGCCUGACAACGCCCCAGUCUUUCAUCAUAGGAAAAUAUCCCUCCCAACACUUAAAAAAAAAAAAAGUCACAUGGAUGAUCUAGCUUCACUUCUACCAUUGUUUUUUUUUUCAACACAAUGUGGGUAUUAUUUAUCCGCUCUAAAGCUAGAAAACUUUCCCCCUCCCCUGUAUGGCUGUAAAUCGCCCCUAUCCUUAAAGGAACUGGCUCUCAUCCGUUUUCUUGCUGAAAUAAACACUCUCCACUGUUGUAAAAUUGUGGAAAACAAACUGCAACUGGUUGCAGUAAAAUAAAGAGGAAAGAAAUAAAAAGUUUGACAGCAAUAUACCCUCCAUCACAUCAGCUCAGUCCUCUAACACCAAGUGCAAAUAAAAGAUA